GAAAUUCGUUAGAAAGUCCCGUUCGAGAUCGAUUCUCUGAUAUUACGCACUGAGAAGAUACAUCUUACUUAGUCUUGUUUAUCAACGAUCGCGAUUUGGAAGAUAUUUCGAUAAUCGAUACGAUAACCCUUUGGACUUUGGCUUUCUUUACGUAAGGACAAAUAUAGGUUACUCGUCUAUUACCACCACGCGAGCAUUACCGUUGAUGGUACGACACCGUGUACACUGUACAUGCUAAUCGAUCGGGCAUCCUAUACAUAUAUUGAAAAACCAUAAAUAUGAAACGUCUCGUCGCGCUAGUUUGCAUAAUACUAAGUCUUCAGGAUUCCACGGCUUUACGAAUGGGAUCCACGGAUUACGAAGACAUGUCCUUCUGGAUGAAGUCCGGACAAGAAAAUCUUCAAAGGAUCUUGGCUCAUCGGGACAUCGAGAAUCGUGCGAAGAAUGUGAUCGUAUUCAUCGGCGAUGGAAUGGGCAUUAGCACGAUAACAGCUGGCAGAAUUUUGACGGGACAGUCGAAGGGUCUCUCCGGCGAAGAGUAUAAACUCGUUUUCGAGGAUUUCCCCAGUACUGGCUUUUCCAAGACAUACAAUGUUGAUAAGCAAGUACCAGAUUCAGCAGGCACGGCCACAGCGAUGUUUUCCGGCGUAAAGUGUCGAUACCGUGUUAUCGGAUACGAUGCUAAGGCACGUUACAAUCAUUGCGAUAAAGCGAUCAAUCAAUUGAGUAAAUUAACCACGAUCGCUGAUUGGGCCCAAGAGAGUGGUAUGGACACAGGUUUCGUCACUACGACCCGCGUGACCCACGCGACUCCGGCAGGGCUCUAUGCUCACGUGAAUAAUCGUGAUUGGGAGUGCGAUUCGGAAAUUCCAAAGGAGUACCGAGAAUGUACAAAAGACAUAGCUAGGCAGCUCGUCGAGGAUGCACCAGGAAACGGUUUCAAGGUGAUAAUGGGCGGUGGAGCCCAACAUAUGGGUAUGACUAUGGAAAAGAUCGACAAAGGCACCUGUACCAGAAACGAUGGUAGGAAUUUGGCCGAGACGUGGAUAAAAAAUAAUCCCGAUGGGAAGCUGGUAACCGAUGUCGAGGAACUAAUGUCCGUUGACAUUGGUAGUACCAGCAAGAUCAUGGGGAUCUUUGCACCUAGUCACUUGCCUUAUCGCGCUGAGAAGAAUAACAAUGUUCCGUCCUUGGCGAAUAUGACGAUGCAAGCUAUCAGAUUGCUCAGAAAAAAUAAAAAUGGAUUCCUCCUGAUGGUCGAAGGUGGAAAGAUAGAUAUAGCACAUCACCAAAACUAUGCAGAGUUGGCACUUCGCGAAUUAUCCGAAUUCGAAGAAGCUGUGAACGUUGCCUUAAAACAAGUGAAAUUGGACGAGACUUUGAUAAUCGUCACAGCCGAUCAUUCUCAUUCUUUCACGAUGAAUGGCUAUCCUGCUAGAGGCAACGACAUACUUGGUUUAGCAAGUAACAUAGCCAAUAAGGAUGAUCAAAGAUACGAGACACUUACCUAUGCUAAUGGCCCAGGAUUUUUUUAUCAUCGUCGAAACGACAGUAAAAAUGUCAACGAGACAUGGGUAAACUUGGAAGAGGACAAAAAUCGUGGCAAUAUAUUUUAUAUGCACAUGGCUGCUCAAUAUCUAAAGGACGAUACUCAUGGUGGUGAAGACGUUGGAGUUUACGCUAUUGGUCCCUACUCCCAUCUCUUCCGUAGUACAUUUGAACAAAAUUACAUAGCUCAUGUGAUAGCCUACGCGGCUUGUUUCAAAGACUGGCCAUCGCACUGUGACAGUGCGUACAGUCGGUACUUUUACGAGUUGUCGAAUACGAGGGGACGUUCUACGGCGGCGUCGAGUUUCGCUUCUACGUAUACGAUAUUCACGAUACUCAUCUUGAUGUCAACUUUGAUGAGGCCUUGAUGAAGGAUUAUCCUCGUUCGUAGCAGUCAGCACAAUAUAUUACAUUUUUCUUUAUCUAAAUCGUAUCAAUGAAUUAUUAUAAUCAAAAUUUUAAAAAGUA